AGAAUUGCAAAGUGAAAGAACACAGAAAUUGAGAGAGGACGCGAGAAGAAAACGACCAAGGAAAGGCGCAAUGGUCGGCUUCCAGCAACAACAUCAUCUUAGGGAGGAGCAACAUGGCGUGCAGGAGGGAGCGCAAGAUAGCACCAUGGCUAACGAUUUCGGCAUCACUGCAGCUGCAGUUGCGAAUGCAGUGGGGCAGCAGCAACAUGGGUCGUCGUCGAAUGGCAGAGCGAACUCACCGAGGGCAAAACUGGCGAUGCUGAAACGGUCAUCCACCAAGUGCAAAGCCUUAUCCAAUAAUGAUCCAUUUCGAUUCCAAGGUAAUGGGGUAGAUUUCAAAGGUAAGUUGAUAGGCGUUCGAGACGUUGAUGAGGCUCGAGGGGACACAAUGUGCGCCGAAGCGAUGAGACUUGCAAAAGCGGCUGUUAAAAGUGCGGGCCAUCAUAAACAGCGAAUUAUUCUCAAUAUUUCAAUCGAAGGCCUCAAAGUUAAGGAUGAAAAAACCCAAACAAUUUUGCACAAUUUCCCUGUUUCACGGAUCUCGUUCAUAGCGCGGGAUACAACAGAUGCACGUGCAUUCGGUUUUAUUUAUAGUUGUUCGGACAACAAAUAUAAAUUUUAUGGUAUUAAAACGACGCAAACGGCUGAUCGUGCAGUCUUAUCGAUUCGUGAUAUGUUCCAAAUAGUUUUUGAAAUGAAGAAAGCUCAUCUUGCUGAAGUGAAACAAAAGCAGGAAGAACAACAAAAGCGAGAGUCGGAAAUGACAGAUGGUGUGAGGAUAGAUAAUGGUGUUGCGGUAGCAGACUUACUUGACUUGGAAUCUGAGCUUCAUAACAUUGAGCAAGGUUAUAAUCAGUUGCAAAAUAUCCCGACAUUCGCAGAGGAUUCCUGGCCUUCCAAUGGUGUCUUCACUAACAUGCAAUCAUCAGCACCUUUUCUUCCAUCAUCAACUGGAACCGUUGCACCGUUAGCACCCCCUCCUGUUUCAUCAUUUGCCCAGAAAAAUCCAUCAGAUCCUUUUGAUGAUAGCUUCAAUCCCCGGUCUUUUCCGAUAGUGCCGCCAUCCGGAAAUAUUCCACUAAAUGCUUGUGAUGUCCAACAACCAUCUUCUCUUUCAACACAGCCACUACCAGCUUUGUGGUCAUAUCCUGAUGCUUUUACAACUUCCACAAACAGUCGUUCCAUUGCUUUCUCGGAAACAAAUCCGUUUGCCUCGUCAGUGCAGGGUGCCACUGUGGCAAGGAUAGAACUUGAUCCGUUUGACACACAACAAGCUCAACAAAUUCUGAAAAGUUCUGCAUCUUACCACCUUCCUAUGACAGUUUCCUGGUCGACAAAUGAAAAUACGGUACCGCCAACAGGCACCGAUCCAAGAAUGCUUUCUCAAUGGACAGAAAAGAAGAGGGUAUCAACCUUGGAAGAAGCAUUCAAUAAAUUAGUUGAUAUGGAUACACUCGUUUCUAGCCCGGAACUAAAAAAUCCAUUUACCGAACUGAUGAUUCCACCGAAAAAAGUAUCGAUGGAUGCGAUGAAACCAAAUGCGACGGUAACAGCACCAACAGCGAUAAGGACGGGUUCGCCACGGGCACCGUGUAUACCUUCCCGGAUUUCUGCUCCUUUAGUUGUUUCAACUACUUCUUACAAUGAUCCAUUUAAUGAUGAAUUUUUCAAUUGAUGAAGCCUUUGAUGUACGAAAAUGAAUUAUCAAAGCAAUUUAGGAAGGUUUUGUUGGAUAUUCAAAUUCGACAUUUUGAGUUCGUGGGGGAAUUUCGCGAAAGCUUGUAUCCGUUAUCAUCCCAUCAAUUUUUUAAAUUCCGAAGCUUCAAGUUUAUUAUGUCUCUUUUCUUACAUAUAAUGUUUGCGUGAUUCUUAUUUUUCUUAGGAAGGAGAUUCUUUUUGCUGGAUUCUGCAUGAUGAAUUUACAAAAGUUUAAGUUUACACACGAAAGACGCCCUUAUUUGAUAACUGCAAUUUUCGGAGCAUUUUCACAGCUGAUUUUGGAAUUUAAAAGCGCAUAUUGAUGAUUUCAAAUAAAUUUCGAUUUUAUUCUCGGAUGAUAGACGUACUUUUUUAUCCUGUUUUCUCUCUUUUUUUUUUUCAUAUUACAUCACUUUGACUUUCACAGGAAAAUUAAAUUGCCUUGGAAUUUGUUGUCGAAAUUUCUAAAUAUAAAAUUAAAAAAUUUCCGACCAACUUUUAUGAAUUAAAUGCCUUAAGGUUUUAAAGAAAUUAAUAUGUAACGUUUAUGUAGAAACUUUUAGUAUGAUCUUAGCAAGCUUAUCCGUCACAGUGAAUCCAAAUGGAAUUAAAGUUUUUUUCAGUUCUUUCCCGCGUUUCUCUCAUCUCUUGCUUGUUUAGAAAUUCAGAGCAUUCUUCGCUCAACUUCAAGUACUCUUUGUCACCGUGCUCUGAAGUUUGCUUUUACUACCUUAAUAGUGCUAACUAUAGUGCUGAAGAUAUCUGGAUUAUCUGACAAUUUACAUGCACAUGGAUACAUUUCACACGUUCUUAUUCUGUGCUGACAUUCUGUUACAUUAAAUGAUUAACAGUGUGAAUUAAUGGCUUUUUUUUUUCGAGUACUUGCCGACUGUUUUUUUUUCAUCCAUCUGAGUGGGCAUGUAUUAGUUACUUCGAAAAUAAUUUUUUCAGCUGUAACGGGCGUUCCAUAUUUAAGCUUCUUGAACUAGGUAUCAUAAUGGACAUCAAAACUGUUCUGAUUUAGGUGUUUUUCAAGAAGUAAAACGGCAUUUUGUUUACUUGCUUCAUAUGUUUUUCACUUGAAAAAGGGAUUUGUAUAAAUCUGUUAAUGUACCAUCUGGAAUUUUUCUUACUUUUUCAUUUUGUUUUUCAUCAGAUAAAACGUCUAUUUUUGUAUUCUUCCUAACUUCAUUCUACACCCGUGAUGUAAAAGUAAAGCCGUUUUUCUUGUUUAAGAAAUUUUUAUUCUCUGCUUCUUUCAUUAUCC